AUGGAGAUAAAAGCAGCUGACAGAAGAUAUGAAACACGAAAUAAGACAGCAGGAACAGAAGUGUCAUCCAAAUCGCGAGUUGAUUGGAGACGUACUAAAAGGGAGCUCAUAUUAAUUGACAGCAAUGAUGAAUCCUCAUAUACAUCUGAGGAGGAAGAGCCUACCAUAUCAGAAGAUGAAGUAGAUGAAAAAGAUGAAACUGUUGUGAAGAACCGCCUUUCAGAUCAGGAAGAGAAAAACCACAAUGGGGAAGUAACAGAAGAUGGUGAGGAUGAGUGUGUUGUGCCUGGGAAGCGUAAAAGGUUGAACUCUUCUGUCUUGUACGAUAGUGAUGAAAGUGAGGACAGCGAUAUACUUGUUAGAAAGGUUUUUGCUAAACGCCACUGUAUAAUGGAUGAAGAUGAGAGUUCUGAAGAACAGCAACCGGAUAAAACCUGCCCUACAGAAAAUGUUUCUACUAAUAGGAAACAGAAAAUGUUUGCAAAACUGAAGGAACUUGCAAGACAAAGAGCAACUCGGAGAUUCUGCAGCAGUGGAAAUUGUGAGGAUUCUGAUGGUGAAGCAGAAACAGAAGAGGAACCAGUCUGUCACUUGCCCCCCACACUGACAGAAAGUAGUGAAACGGACAGUGACAGCAUGAAAGAUUUUAUAGUAGAGGAAGGGGAAGAUGAUGAUGACAACACAGAGCACAUCAAGAGUGAAAACCAGCCACAACAGAAGGAACUAAAUACAUCGAAUAGCAAGUUGCUGGCACACUACGUCCCACACUUGUCUCGCUGUGAUCAUUAUGUACACUUCAAAAGAAUCGUAAAGGCAUUCCUCAUAAAUGCAAUUGAUGACACUUUUCUGAGCUCAUUAUAUGAUGGAACAAGACAAAAGAAGUAUGCGCAGGAUAUGCUGCUCUCACUUCAUUAUUUGGAUGACCGCUUCAUUCAACCUCGUCUUGAGAACUUAAUCUCUAGAAGUCGCUGGAAAGAUCGAUACAAGGAGCGUGUGGAUUGUUACCCAGAUGUUCGCAUAAUCUUGAAAAAUCCAACAAACGUGUCGUGUCAGGCCUGUGAAAUGAAUCGGUAUUGUAAGUUUAACGUGCUGCUCUCUGGAAAGCUUUAUAAUAGCAGAACUAUGGAAGCAGAUGACUUCAUGUCAGAUGACAAGCAG